CGUAGUUGCAAACGUUACACGAACGCACCAAUUGUAGUAGAGGAGAGCGUCAGUUUGUUAAAACUGUGACUGAAGCAAUAACUUAGUAGUUAUAUAAAUAAAAAUGGCGGACAAUGAUGAUCUCUUGGAUUAUGAAGAUGAAGAACAAACUGAACAAUUAGUUGAUGGAAGUAGGCACACACCUGCAAAAAAAGAAGUGAAGGGCACAUAUGUAUCUAUCCAUAGUAGUGGAUUUAGAGAUUUUCUUCUUAAACCUGAAAUAUUACGUGCAAUUAUUGAUUGUGGUUUUGAGCACCCAUCUGAAGUACAGCAUGAAUGCAUUCCUCAAGCAGUACUUGGUAUGGAUAUAUUAUGUCAAGCAAAAUCUGGUAUGGGAAAAACAGCUGUGUUUGUAUUAGCAACAUUGCAACAGUUAGAAUUAACUGAAAAUCAAGUUUAUGUUCUUGUCAUGUGCCACACACGAGAGCUUGCUUUUCAAAUCAGCAAGGAAUAUGAAAGAUUCAGCAAAUAUAUGCCUCAUGUAAAGGUUGGAGUAUUCUUUGGUGGUUUACCAAUUCAGAAAGAUGAAGAAGUUUUGAAGAAUACAUGCCCUCAUAUUGUUGUGGGUACACCAGGUCGCAUCUUAGCUCUUGUUCGAAAUAAAAAGUUAAAUUUAAAACAUUUGAAGCACUUUAUACUCGAUGAGUGUGAUAAAAUGCUCGAACUAUUAGAUAUGCGCAGGGACGUACAGGAAAUAUUUAGAAGCACUCCACACGGCAAGCAAGUCAUGAUGUUCAGCGCUACAUUGUCCAAGGAGAUACGCCCUGUCUGCAAAAAAUUCAUGCAAGAUCCCAUGGAAGUCUAUGUGGAUGAUGAAGCGAAGCUCACGUUGCAUGGUCUACAACAACAUUAUGUGAAACUAAAAGAAAAUGAAAAGAACAAGAAGCUAUUUGAAUUACUUGACGUACUUGAAUUUAAUCAGGUAGUUAUCUUUGUAAAAUCUGUACAAAGGUGCAUGGCUUUGGCACAGCUUCUAACAGAACAGAAUUUUCCUGCGAUUGGUAUACACAGGGGUAUGACACAAGAAGAACGGUUAUCAAGGUAUCAACAAUUUAAAGAUUUCCAAAAACGAAUACUUGUAGCUACAAAUUUAUUUGGUCGUGGUAUGGAUAUUGAGCGAGUAAACAUAGUGUUCAAUUACGACAUGCCAGAAGAUUCAGAUACAUACCUACAUCGAGUAGCUAGAGCUGGUCGUUUCGGUACUAAGGGUCUUGCUAUUACAUUAGUCAGUGAUGAAAGUGAUGCUAAGAUAUUGAACGAUGUCCAAGAACGAUUUGAUGUUAAUAUUACGGAGUUACCAGAUGAAAUAGAUUUAGCUUCAUACAUUGAAGGACGAUAAAUGUAAUUCCAUUCCCAAAACUUGAAUAUUCAAUAAAGCACGUGAGAACUUACGCUCUAUAAUAUACACUUAUCAUUGUGUAUUCAUGUUAAGCAUAAGACAUAUUUUGUAUCAAUUUACAAUCUUUUUUUUCAUUGAUCUGACAAACCUUAUGAACA